UGCCCCGACUGUGGCAAGAAGUUCGCUCACCUGGGAGCCAUGAGACGACACCACCUCACACACACUGGAGAGAAGCCUUACUCCUGCUCAGUGUGUGGGAAGAGUUUCACCCAAUCAGGUCAUCUGAAAGAGCACCAGCAGUCUCACUCCGGAGAGAAACACCACUGUCUGAUCUGUCAGAAACAGUACAUCAGAGCAGAAGAUCUGAAGAUACACCACAGAGUUCACACAGGAGAAAGGCCCUACCGCUGUGCCGAGUGUGGCAAGAGCUACAUCAGGUCAAAGAAUCUCCGGGCUCACAAGCUGACUCACCAGAGGACACAAGGUGGGGGUGGUGGAGUGAAAGUGAAGGAGGAGAAAGAAGAGGAGGUUGCUGAGGGAGAGGAAGUCGGCUGGCGUUUCCCUGAUCUCAGAGAGAGUCCUGUCCAUGGCUCUGGUAGUGAAGGAAGUCCCCCUACAUCACACAUCAACAAGGAUCCUGGUGACCAAUCCAGCCCCAAAGCUAGAGAGUCCCAGGGUCCUGAUCCAAACCAUGAGGAGGACAGCACUCAGACACCUGGGAUGAACGCUCGUAUUGUAGAGGAGGAAGAGGAGGAGGAGGAAGUUGGUGGUUUCAUCAAUUCUGAAGGAGAAGAAUUUGGCUGGGAUUCUGUUCAACAUAGAGAAAGCCCCAACCGUGGCUUAGACAGCGAAGAGAGUCCCCCUACAUCAGAACAUCCUGAACACCAGGAGAAUCAGAAAACUAAGAUAUCCCACUGCUGCUCAGUGUGUGGCAGAGAAUGCUAUAAGCUCUCAGUACUACAGAUCCACAUGAGAAUCCACACGGGAGAGAAGCCGUACCCCUGCCCCGACUGUGGCAAGAAGUUCGCUCACCAGGGAGCCAUGAGACGACAUCUCCUCACACACACUGGAGAGAAGCCUUACUCCUGCUCUGUGUGUGGGAAGAGUUUCACCCAAUCAGGACAUCUGAGGGAGCACCAGCAGUCUCACAGUGGAGAGAAGCCUCACCUGUGUCUGGUCUGUGGGAAAGGGUUCUCUAGAGCGUCAGACCUCAGGAUACACCACAGAGUUCAUACAGGGGAGAGGCCAUACAGCUGUGAUUACUGUGGGAAGAGAUACGUCCGCUCUCAGAAGCUACGGGCUCACCAACGGACACACCACAGUGACAGGACACCCGUUGAUGCUGGAGAGGAGAUGGGCGAUGGAGUGAAGAACCAGGAGGCUUUGACAAUAACACAUGAUAAGCCUAGUGUUCCUAUAGGGGAUGUUAGUGAGCUGGACAAAAACAAUGAUACACUUCAUCAUCAGACAGGAGAACAAUAGACUGAGAACCAUUGAAUAGACAGAGAUCUAAAUUCCAUCAAACAAUAGAAUGAGAACCAUUGGAAUAGACAGAGAUCUAAAUUCCACCUAACAAUAGAAUGAGAACCAUUGGAAUAGACAGAGAUCUAAAUUCCAUCAAACAAUAGAAUGAGAACCAUUGGAAUAGACAGAGAUCUAAAUUCCAUCAAACAAUAGAAUGAGAACCAUUGGAAUAGACAGAGAUCUAAAUUCCACCUAACAAUAGAAUGAGAACCAUUGGAAUAGACAUAGAUCUAAAUGCCAAACAAUAGAAUCAGAACCAUUGGAAUAGACAGAUCUAAAUUCCAUCAAACAAUAGAAUCAGAACCAUUGGAAUAGACAGAUCUACAUUCCAUCAAACAAUAGAAUGAGAACCAUUGGAAUAGACAUAGAUCUACAUUCCAUCAAACAAUAGAAUGAGAACCAUUGGAAUAGACAGAUCUACAUUCCAUCAAACAAUAGAAUGAGAACCAUUGGAAUAGACAGAGAUCUAAAUUCCACCUAAAUGAUUUACCGAAUUCUGACGCAGGACACAGGCUGCUUGGGAGGAGACAGAUGCUGGGUGAAGUUUCCCACAAGCACAGAUCUAGGAUCAGCUUCCCCUGCCCGAAUCCUAACCUUAACCAUUAGUGGGGGAAAUGCAAAGCUGACCCAAGAUCCAGCAUCUAGGGGCAACUUCACCCUACUCUGUUGGGGGAAAGAAUGGGGAGGCUUUAUCAGUUAGUGUUGACAGUAGCACUAUGAGUGAUGUUAGCAGGGUGGACAAACACAACUAUUAACCUCAUGAUGAAGAACUAUAGGCUCGGUUGGAACAGUUACAAUGGACAUGGUUCUAAAUUCCACUUGAAGAAAGCACACAGUUCUGACCGAGAGAUGAAAUGAUCAGUGCCGUUGUGAGUUUGUUAUUGAACUUGAACCAGGAAGUACACCCAAUAUGUCCGCUAGACAGUUCCCGAAGGAGCGGUGUUCUAAAUUGGAAUCGUGGAAUGCUUUUUCUCAGUCCACCCCAUCCAGUGUGAGGAACCCAGUUGAAAUGAUUGUUUAAUAGGUUAUGUAAUAAUUAUGUUCUUUUAUUGUGUAUCAUCCAAAUAAAAUGUUCAAUCCCAUGACAUUUGA